AUGAUUAUCGUUCGCUUCAGAAGUGACGCCGCCGUUCAAGCACGCGGCUUCCAGGCACAUUGGAGAGCUAUACCUUUCACAUGUGGUGGUGUGCUGACAGCGCAAGCUUUCGGACAGACGUUCUCCUCACCUCAUUAUCCAACCGAAUACCCAUUUGGGACCGAAUGUGUUUGGACUAUUCAGGCUCCAAAGUCGCAACUAAUUACACUAAGUAUCGAGGAUAUAUCACUUUCCACAGAUGACGCUCUGUUGAUCUACGACGGUUCAUCACCGUCUUCCCCUGUACUAGCCAGGCUUUCUGGCAACACCACCAUCAAUGAAUAUUUGGUGACUACACAAAACAAUGUGUUCGUCUAUUUUCCUGUCGAGCUCUCAAGGAAAAGGGGACGUGGUUUCUCAUCGGAUAUAAACGCG